AUGGCCUCCUCGGACGGGCUGCAGUACCGGGCCCUCUACGAGUACCAGAAGGACCGCGAGGAGGACCUGGCGCUGUGCCCCGGGGAUGUGCUGACCGUCAGCAGGGCCGGGCUGCUCAGCAGCCCCAACUACAAGGACGGGGACGAGCGCAACCCCCAGGGGUGGCUGCACGGCGUCAACGAGCGCACCAAGGAGCGCGGAGACUUCCCCGGCACCUACGUGGAGUACCUGGGUCCCGCCCGCAUCGCCGCCACCGCCGCCAAGGCCCGGCCGCGGCCCCUGCCCCUGCCACCCGCGGGGACCCCCACGCCCUGGGGACAUCCCGGGCAGGCAGAGCUCAGCGAGCAGCCCGCCCUGCCCGAGCAGGCGCUGCAGACCGUGGCCAGGCUCAUCGAGGCGCUGGAAAAACAAGGGCUCGACAGCGAGGUGCUCUACAGGCCCGGCCCCGCCGUGCUGGGCGAUGCUGAGCUGAAACAGGCGCUCCUGGCUGAUGCCUCAGCUGUGGACAUGGACCUGUACGAGGCCCAGACACUGGCAGAUGCCCUGAAGUGGUACCUCCAGGAGCUCCCCACACCCCUCAUCCCUCCAGCUCUCUACAGUGACUUGGUCCACAUGGCUCAAGAGACCCCAGGCCUGGAGGAGUGUGGCCAGCGAGCCAGAGCCCUGCUGGCCCCCCCAGCCCUGCCCCAGCCCCAGGCACUGCUCCUGCGCCAGCUCGCCCACCACUUCUGUCGCCUGUGCCAGGGCAGCCCCCGCAGCCGCCCCUCGCCCCGGCUCCUCGGGGAGCUCUUCGGGGAGCUGCUGCUGCGCCCUGGGGCGGCCAGCACCGAGGCAGGCCCUGAGCUCCGUGCAAGGAUCCUCGAGUCCUUCAUCAUGGCCAGCGAGGUGGCAGAGCUGCCAGCAGCUCCUGAGACACUCAUUUGGGGCCAUUUCUUGCAGCCCCUGAGAAGGUUCACAGAUGUUUUCUGGCUUCACAUCUCUGUCAUUGCUGUCUGGUCCCUGGGUUUGUGA